AUGCAUAGGACUUGGAUAGAAGAAUCCAACUACACUUCCAAUAGAUACUUAGGCGGAGUGAUCCAAUUCUUAAGCUAUGCUUUCAAUGGAAAAACACUAGAAUCAAUUGUACACUGCCCAUGUAAGAUUUGUGGCAAUCGUGCAAGUUAUAGUCGUAGGGAGAUCUUGCUCCAUUGUAUUAGGUACGGGUUUGACACCUCUUACAAGGUGUGGACUUGGCAUGGGAAAGUUGGAGGUGAGACGACCACUAGUAACUUAGUUGACAAUGCGAUGACUUCGCAAUGGGAAGAUGAACUAGAGCUGCUUCUGUGCGAGUGUGCUGUCUCACACGAUGUAAACCCGGAGAAUAGUCAUGCAAACAUAUAUGAUGUGGAUCCUGAAGAUGGGUUAGAGAGCAGUAAGAAGGGAUUGAAAAAUACGUUAGAAGAUCUGCAAAAUGACCUAAUACCGGGGUGUAAGAAAUUGAGUAGGUUAUCAUUUAUUGCACGCCUUAUGUAUUUGAAGGUUUUGAGUCAAUGGUCAAAUAAAUCAUUUGACCUUCUGCUAACCUUGUUGAGGGAUGUUAUACCCGAUGAUGUGGUGUUGCCAAAGACUUACUACGAGGCAAACAAAAUAAUGAAAGAGUUGGGAUUUACUUGUCAGAUUAUGGACGUAUGCAUGGAUAAUUGUAUGUUGUUCACCGGAGAGGAUGCAGAUCUUCAAGCAUGUGUUGUAUGCGGUGAAAGGAGGUUUGUCGAAGGUAGCUCCACUGUGUCUGAAAAAAGGAUGAGGUAUUUUCCGUUAAUUCCCCAUUUACAACGAAUGUUCUUGUCCUUCAAAACAACAUCAUCAAUGCGGUGGCACGUUGAAUCUCAUGUUGAUGAUGGCGUUCUGUGGCACCCGACUGAUAGUUUGGCAUGGAAAAGGUUUGAUCUUCGAAAUCCAUUAUUUUCCGGUGACAUUCGAAAUGUACGAUUGGGGUUGGCGUCCGAUGGCUUCAAUCCUUUCGGUAACAUGAGUGUUAAUUAUAGCAUUUGGCCGUUGGUGCUCGUGAUCUAUAAUUUAACCCCAUGGCUAUGUAUGAAACAACCAUCGUUCUUUUUUUCUACAAUAAUAGACGGUCCUAAAGGGCUGGGCGAUCGGAUCGAUGUGUUUCUGCAGCCUCUUGUGGCUGAGUUAAAUGAAUUGUGGGACAUUGGUGUGAGAACGUUUGACGCAGUAAGUGAAGAGUACUUCCAAAUGCAUGCUGCCUUACUAUGGACCAUAAGUGAUUUUUCAGGUUAUGCUAUGUUAUCUGGAUGGCCAACACGCAGGGGAAAUGCAUGUCCAAAUUGUGGUGUGCGGACGCACUCUACUUAUUUGAAGAAUGGGCACAAAUUUUGUUACUGUGGCCAUAGGCGUUUCCUACCGAUGGGCAUAGGAUGCGACGUGAUCGACAUUCCUUUGAUGGAAUGA